CACGAGCACGGAGGGGAAGUGCAAAGACGGAAGAAAGGACGCAGAAAUAAACUUGCCAACUUCUGGCUGACCGGCUAGAAAUCCAGUUAUAUGCUAUGUUACACAGAAACCGGCUGGCCGCGUUGAUAUAAGUGUAGUUAGCUAACCAAACGGCCCGACUCUCAGCUCGACAGCUGCUCCAGUUUUCAAACAGGCUGCUUCACCGACCUGAAGCCGCUAAACUCUCAUUUGCUCAGCUACUGUUAAAGCUCUGUGAUAACCACUGAAGUGUAUUAACGCGACACAACACCAGCUCGCACUCCCUGAAAGACUUUUUCUCUCUUUGUGGGGGAAAAAAAGUUGUCCGCGGCGGCGGCGGCGGAGGAGGAGCCGCCGACGAGGCCUGCAGUCGAGGCGGCUGCAUGUGUGAGGACCGCUGCGGGCGAGGAGUGACUCACACAACCAUAACCAAACAUGUCGGCCCAGGCACAGAUGAGAGCCAUGCUGGACCAGCUCAUGGGGACGGGGAGAGAUGGAGACACCAUGAGGCAGAGAAUAAAAUUCACAGAUGAGCGGGUCUGCAAAAGUCACCUUUUGGAUUCAUGUCCUCAUGAUAUUCUGUCAGGCACUAGAAUGGACCUGGGAGAGUGUAUGAAAGUCCAUGACCUGGCGCUCAGAGCAGACUACGAGAUUGCUUCUAAGGAGCAGGAGUACUUCUUUGAACUUGAUGCUGCUGAGCACCUUCAGUCUUUUAUCGCUGACUGUGACCGCAGGACUGAGCUGGCCAAGAAGAGACUAGCCGAGACGCAAGAUGAGAUCAGCGCAGAAGUGACAGCAAAGGCCGAACGUGUCCACGAGCUGAAUGAAGAGAUCGGGAAGCUGCUGGCCCGGGCGGAGCAGCUGGGAGGCGAGGGCAACGUAGAUGAGGCCCAGCAGUUGUUGGAAAAGGUGGAGAAGACUCGGGCCUUGAAGAAAGAAGCAGAGGAUGUGUACAGGAACUCGAUGCCAGCCUCCAGCUUUCAACAACAAAAACUACGGGUGUGUGAGGUGUGCUCAGCCUACUUGGGUCUCCAUGACAAUGAUCGUCGCCUUGCUGACCACUUUGGGGGCAAACUGCAUCUUGGUUUCAUUGAAAUCCGUGAGAAGCUUGAAAAGUUAAGGAAAGCUGUUAUUGAGAAACAAGAAAGAAUGCGAAUGAGAAGAAGAGAGGAACGUGAAAAAGAAGAUGAGAGAGAGCGACAGUGGGAGGUUGAACGGGAGCGAGAACGAGAGCGUGAAAGAGAGCGAGAAUGGGAGAGGGAGCGAGAACGGGAGCGGGACCGUAGGAGGUCAAGAUCUAGAAGUGGAGAUCGAUACAGGGAUGGAGGCAGUUCAUCCUCCCAUCGUUCAAGACGUCACCACUCCUCUCGUUCCAGAGAAGAAGGUGGAGACCGGGAUCGAGAUAGAGAGAGGAAACAUCGACACAAGGACAGGCACCGCUCACGCUCCCACUCUCACAGGCACAAAAGGAAGAGGUCUUCCAGAGACAGGUCAUCUAACACUCGUGACAGAGAGCGCUCGCUGUCCCAGGAGCCAUGUAAAGAGGGUGGAGGAGCAGGAGAGAACUGGCGUGACGAGAAGGCGGAUUUUGGAAACUGGGAGGACAGAGGGAGGUCCACUUCCCCGGACACAGCCAGGGGCCGGGAACGAGAGAGAUCCCUGUCGUUGGAGCGGGACCGACGCUCCAGCUCAGAGGAGCGAGAGUCGGGGGAGAUAUGAACAGAAGGGCCGAGAGUCCGGGGAGAUACGAACAGGAGGGGACGCCUCCAAAGUCUUUGAUUUGGAUAUAUUGUUUAGUCAAAGGAGCGUGGAGAGAUGAGUGUUGCUGCGAAUGUGUAUGUGUCUGCUUUGUAUGUGUGUUCAUGUUUAAAAUGGGACAUGUACAUUUGCGGGUUAGGCAGGUGGAAACUUUUCAUGGGGAUGAGGGAACAACUUCAGUGGUGGUGGUCGAGCUAACAUGCAAAGCAACUUUUAUAAGACAGUGGCGUUGAAUUGUGAGGCUUGAGUGGCGUGAAAGUACAGUCUUGUUUUUUUUUUUAAUGCCAUCUUGUUGAUCUUGUGUACAGUUAUUUUGACAGUGAAAGAAGUGAGGAGACAGACGCCCUACUUUAAAUCUGUUUUUAUUUUACUCACAUGAAGUGCUGUUAUUUUUUUAUCAUUAGUUAAAUGUUAUUACUGUUUUCCCAUGUUCCAUUAGGAAUCUCAGUUUCAGUAGCUGUGGAUUUAUUUACACGGGUUGGACUCACUAAUGUGGCAUAACCCUCGCAGUAAUGUUUGAAAUGAGCUGUGAAUGACUGAAGGCACUUCUGAUGGUUGUGUUUUAUUUGCUGCCUUCAAGCCAUAACAAUCUCAUUUGGGAAAUCUGACACACACCCUUGAGCCUGCCUUUUUAAUUCAAGAUUCAAAAAACCUUGCUUGUCACCUGAAAGAAGUCAUCCAAAUGUGCCCACUCCGUUCUUGACAUGUGUAUGCAUAUAGAUGAUGUGCAGAUUUACAUAUUGACACGAGGCCAAGGGAGUUGUGUCCUGUGUGCUGUGAUACGACCUGGAUGUACUGGGGGAAUCUACUUUGCUGUGCCACCAUAAACUGAAUAAAAUUU